CAUAUACUUUUCCAAUUCAAUGGCUCCUAGUUGCAACCAUAGCCAAAAUGUUCAUCAAUUGCCACAACAAGUAGUAGUUGUUGUGGUUCCAUUUCCAGCACAAGGCCAUUUGAACCAACUUCUUCAUUUUUCUCGUUUAAUUUCAUCAUAUAAUAUACCAAUCCAUUAUAUUACCACCACAACUCAUAGUCGUCAAGUCAAUUUUCGAGCUCAUGGUUUCAAAUCAACGAAAAAUAUUCAAUUUCACGAAUUUCCUACCCCGAUUUUUACCUCUCCUACACCUAGAAACAACCCGAAUAAUAAUUCAUCAAUCAACAAAUUCCCUUCACAUCUUCAACCUUGUUCUCAAAUUUCCACUAACCUUCGCAACCCUGUUGCAAAUAUUCUCCACACUCUUUCACAUAAAUCGCGCAGAAUUAUUAUCAUCCACGACUCAUUAAUGGGGUCCGUGGUACAAGAUUAUCGCGCUAUUCCAAAUGCAGAAGCCUACACUUUCCAUAGCGUAUCAGCUUUCACUCUAUUUUUGUACGUGUGGGAAAGUCUAGGAAAACCAUUUUUUAUCGAUUCAGAUAUGAUAAAAGACCUCCCAUCGAUCGAUGGUUGUUUUAGCCCCGAAUUUAAUACAUUUGUUCGUUCUGAACAUGAGUAUAGUAAGUUUAAUUCUGGCAAGAUAUAUAACACGUCAAGAGUUAUUGAAGGUCAUUUUCUUGAUUUGCUAUCAAAAGAACAAAUCAAUAAAGGCAAAAAGCAGUGGGCUCUUGGUCCAUUUAAUCCUAUUACAAUCUUAGGGUCCACACUACAACAACAACAACAAAGACACAAAUCAUUGACUUGGUUAGACAAACAAGUAGCAAAGUCAGUAAUUUUUGUGUCAUUUGGAACCACAACUUCAUUCUCUCAUGAACAAAUCAAUGAGAUUGCAAUGGGGUUAGAACAAAGCCAACAAAAAUUCAUUUGGGUAUUGCGAGGCGCGGAUAAAGAAAACGCUUUCUCAGAAGAUGUCAUGGAGAGAAUCGAACUGCCAAAAGGGUUCGAAGAGAAAGUAAGAGAUAGAGGAAUUGUGGUUACAGACUGGGCUCCACAACUAGAAAUCCUGGCACAUUCUUCGACAGGAGGGUUUCUGAGUCACUGUGGAUGGAACUCCUGCAUGGAAAGUAUCUCAAUGGGAGUUCCUUUAGCCACGUGGCCAAUGCAUUCAGAUCAACCUAGGAACGCGGUGCUAAUAACGAAAAUACUGAAAAUAGGGUUAGUUAUUAAGGAUUGGGCUCAACGAGAUGAAUUGGUGCUUUCAAAUAAGAUCGAAAAAGUUGUGACUACUUUAAUGGCAUCAAAAGAAGGAGAAGAAAUGAGAAAAAGAGCACAAGAGUUGAGUUUUGGUGUGAAGAAAGCUGUGGGGGAAAAUGGUGUCACAAAAAAUGAGUUUGAUUCUUUCAUUGCUCAUAUUACUAGAGGAAUUUGACAAACGUAUAUAUUUUUAUGAUCAUAUCUGACUGGGGAUCUAUCGAAAACAGUUUCUCUCUACUUCAUCUGAGGUAUUUUUAUGAUCAUAAUAUAUUGUUCGGACUCGUUAAAUAUAUCCACAAGGGUGAUGCAGCAUUUUUGGAGAGUUGAACAACUUAGAUUAAGUGAUAUGAGAUAGUUUCGAUGUAAUAGUAAGAGUCCAUGCAUUGUUAGUAGCGUACGCAGUAUUUUUCAUAAGUGAUAUAUAUCGAUAUCAAAAAAAAGUGAAAAAAUGAAUAUGUUACUGUCAUGACAGGCAGUGUCUUUUUUUUUUUCUUUUAAUGAUCAUAAUGAAUAUGUUAAUUAUAAUGGCAAGACGUGUUGCCUUUUACAAAAUUUAUAUCAAAUAUUUUCAUUUUACUUAUUACC